AAUAAAAAGAAGAAAAUCUGGUUUUGUCGCCGCCGUGUUCCAUUCCCACCACACAGUCUCACGCACCAACCAACCACUAUAACCGAUUUCUCAGUCACUCACUCACACGCGCUCACUGUUCGAACUGCAGAAAGAUAAGAUUGGAAGAUGUAUAGGGAUGUGUCUAGCUGCAACACCUACAACUACGGCGACGCGCUGUAUUGGGACGCGCGCUACAUCCAAGAGGGUGGUUCCUUCGAUUGGUACCAGCGUUAUUCUGCUCUCAGACCGUUCGUGCGCAAUUUCAUCCCUCUUUCUUCAAGGAUUCUCAUGGUUGGUUGCGGCAAUGCUGUUAUGUCCGAGGAUAUGGUCAAAGAUGGUUAUGAGCACAUCACAAAUAUUGAUAUUUCAUCAGUUGCGAUUGAGAUGAUGAGAAGAAAAUAUGAGUACAUACCUCAGCUAAAAUACUUGCAGAUGGAUGUCAGGGAUAUGAGCCUUUUUCCAGAUGAAUCUUUUGACGGUGUUAUUGAUAAAGGAACUCUCGAUUCAUUGAUGUGUGGUACUGAUGCUCCAAUUAGUGCUUCUCAGAUGCUUGCAGAAGUGUGUAGACUUCUAAAACCUGGAGGGACUUAUAUUUUGAUCACGUAUGGCGAUCCAACAGUAAGGAUGCCUCAUCUAAGCAGACCCGUGUUCAAUUGGAAAAUUAUGUUGUAUAAUAUCCCAAGACCUGGAUUUCAAAAGCCCGAAAGUAGUACACCAUCGAGAAAAUCAUUCUUGGAGCCCAUCCCUCUUUCAGAAAAGGGAUUGCUUCCAGCAGAUUUCGUUCUGGAAGAUCCAGACUCUCACUUUAUAUAUGUUUGUAAAAAGAUAAAUGACACAGAGAUAGACACUAUACCCACAUACCAAUUAACAGCUGAUGUUUUAUAGCGCUGACUUACUUUGAUGUGCAUCGUGGUCAUUUAUGGUCGCCCUUGUCAUCUGUCUUAGUUGGAUAAGUUACCACCACCAAUGUGUUUGUUGUUUGCAAUACCAUUUUAUUCUCAUAAAUUAGAGCAAUGAAGUUAGCUAGUUUGUAGAGGUGAUUGAAAUUAUUAAAAUCUGUGAAGAAAUCAGACAAAUUGACUGAUUAAUGUAUUGUUUUGCCCGGGAUUUUGUUUGGAUGAAGAUGAAUGGAUUGUGUGUUGUAACUAUGUA